AUGGGUAAUGGUUGUCAAGCAGGAGUCAGUGUUACCGUACGCGAAGAUGGAGAAGGUGUACGAGGAGAAGGUGCAGAGCUGGAGCAGAUCACGGACUGGAGUAUCGAGAAUGUAGUCGACUGGAAGAAAAUUGUCUCUAAAUACUAUCAGAUGAAGGGCAAGGAUGAACCGAAGAGGACGAGCAGUGAUCACGAAAUGCAUCCGCUGUCCACAGAAAAAGCAUGGAUAUAA